AUGGGUUUCACUGAUUUCUCUUCGGAAUCUGGCCUUGCCACUGCCAAUCACUUCUUUUCUACCCGAAGCUACGUGGAAGGCUAUGCCCCCACCCAAGCUGAUGUUGUCACAUUCAAGGCAUUCAAAAAUGCCCCUGACGCAGUCAAAUACCCUCAUGUCGCCCGUUGGUAUAAGCACAUUGCUUCGUACGAGUCGGAAUUCGCUGCCCUCAAGGGUGAUCCAUCCCGGUCGUACACUUCGUUUGGCCCUAGCUCUGCUGAUAUCCCCGUGAUCGGCAAGAAAGCCGCGGCGGAUGACGAUGAUGAUGAUGACAUGGACCUUUUCGGCAGCGAUGAUGACGAAGAUGCAGAGCUCAUUGCUCAAAGAGAAAAGAAUCUUGCGGAGUAUAGGAAACGGCCUUCGAAGCAGAAGAUCGCCAAAUCCUUUGUUACGCUCGAGAUCAAACCCGCCAGCAGUAGAACCCCCAUGACAAAAUUACGGGACGAAAUCAAAAGGUUCCUCCUAAAAGCUGGGCCUCCUCAAAAUGACGGACUGUCUCUGGACGAAGAUAAACGUGAGGCCAGACCUGGCAUUGUAUAUAGCGCUGAUAAAAUGAAGGACAUUGGCUAUGGUAUCAAGAAACUCCAGGUACUCUUUACCGUUGAGGAUGAAAAGAUCUCUGUCAGUGAUAUCCAAGAAGAUAUCGAGAAGUAUUUCGGCGACGAUGAAGAAGGUGUUUUCAGAGAACCAGCAAUUGUCGACGAGGAGGGAGAAGUCGUCGAAGAGGAAGAAGGCUGGGUUCAAUCAACUGAUCUUGUCGAAAUGCAAAAACUCUAAAUAAUGUUUGGAUUAUGACUGAAACGAGGAAAAACUGUGUUUUAUUCACGUCCAUGAUGGUUUCCAAGACAUGAUAUGACGUUUUAUGGCUUGCUAUUGAAUGUAGAUUUUCAAACGUCAAGCUUAACAAAUAGCUGUCAAAAGCAGAUUUAACGAAUGAGAUUCUUUCAUAGCCACAUCUUAAAAUUAUAUAUCAGAGGAAAAUUUGUUGUAUUGAUGGUU